AUGGAACUGCAAUCCUCGCAGGGCGAGGACGCGGAUGUUGCAGAUGACGACUUUGACCCAUGGGGUGAUGGCAAAAUUGACGUGUCAGACACAACCCCUUUCAUCCCACCUCCUUUGUCAUUACCCGACUUCCUGCUACAUGGUGCUCUUUGGGGCGCUCUUCAGCUUGCCAGAGAUUGCCACUUCGAAGUUCUGCAACUGCUUGUGGACAAACACUCCAAUGACCUUUUCCCGUACCGUUUUGCCAUUCUCGAUGCCAUUCCAUUACAUGCACACCCGAUGAGGUAUCUAUCACUCUUUCCUUCAGUAAACGUUGUAAAUGGAGAGGAGCAACGGCAAAGCCGACGUUCACCACGAGAACAAGACUGGGUAGAAUCCGAGGAUGGGAAAAGCUUAUAUUUUUUGGCACUGCCACAAGACCUUUCAGAUUAUAUCCACCUGCCUACCUUUGGGUUGCACUCACAGCCCAGCUCGCUAACGCAUAACCAGCUUCAGAACUGGUAUAAAGCACGCAUUGCGCAAAUUGAAGCCGAGGCAGGCUUAACGGAUAUUGCACUGGAACUCGCACAAGUCGCCGCAUCGCUUGGAGUGUCUGGACUAGAACAUCUCGGGGAAGAACUCAGCCUCCUAUCGCGGCUGAUCUACGACGCUCCUAGAGCCCAGGAACAGAAUCUUGUGGAUGCAGCGCAAUGGUCAUUAAGUCGGUGGCAGUCAUCAGACACACAGACAAUAAUCCAGGGCUACUUGAAAUCUUCUACCACGGAAACAAUUUCAGACGAUAUACGGCGUCUGGUCAUACCAUAUCUAUACGUUCUUGAAUCUCGUCUGGAACGCGCAGGCCGUCCAGACGCUAACCUUCAUACGCACUUGCUGUACGACUACAUAUUAUCCGCUCCUCUCGAAUUCUGUUUAUCCAUUUUUGAUGCGUCAAAACCUGUCAAUCCAUCAUCAACGCGAAUCAUACGAAAUGACGAAGAUCUAGCCCGGCUGGCGCUAGCUCGACUGUAUAGCAGCGAUGAACUCGAUCAGUGGUCAAUCAUGUCAAACAUAUUUGAAUGCCUUCCGGAAUGGCCCACUGCUGCAGAACACCAACAUGAUGGCGAUGCGGAGGCAGAGACUACGCUCGCAUCCCUCACAGAGUUCGUACAACCAUCCACAACACGAUCAAAUGUUGCUCCUCCCCAGGAUUUGUUCGCGUUCUUUAAACCUCUACUUUCUACCGCCUUGUCCCAUGCCCUUGACAUACUUGAUGUUCAUCUGGAGUGUGGCGAAAUUUUGGCACGUUGGGGUGUCGCUGCCCCUCUGUUCUGGUUUCUUCAGAGCGCACGAGAUGAAAGACAGCAGCGAGCAUGGGCGACACGGAUGGCCAGAAGGCCAUCUUUUGGGACUUAUGGAGACGGAAAUGGAAAAGGAUUGGAAGACGAAAAGGGUUAUGCGAGGCUGCUCCAUGACAUGGUUAAACUGGUAGGAUCUACCACUUCUCUGGCAAGGGGCGCUUUCCGUCUCCUUGGACGCUUGGAAGUAACCAAAAUUUUCUUCGCUGGCGUCCUGGGUACCGGAAGGUUUGACAUUGCAAAGAAACUCUUGAGCAACUCACAGGUGAAGAAGUUGGGCCCACAGACCAUUGAGGAGCUCUGUUUAGCUGCUUCACGGGAGUUUUACGACAAUGCGGAGAGUGGAAAUCUACACUCGGGUGAUAUGAAACUGGCGUACGACUGCUUGUCCGUACCCCCUCUUACGGAUGCCAUUCAGGCAGAACGCAGCUUCAUCGAAGCCACAAGCAAAAUAUAUUCAUUCCGCGUGACGUCUCGUCCUGGGAUACUCAUCACCCCUAUUGAAAUUCGACUCAUCAAGGACCGACUUACUCUCGUUGCCCGCGUUUUGUCUGAAAACGAAGGGGCGUACAAGUAUCCUGAUGUCAUUCUCGAUCUCGUCUAUAAGCUUGGUUACCCGAAGAAUGAUGCCGUGAGCGAGGUCAAGGUUUAUGCAAUGCUCUCUGACUCCGCACUACAGGCGGAGGAUUUUGAAAACGCUGCUGCCACAACGGAGAGGAUGGUUGCGCUCCUAAAUCAAAGACAACGUUUGUCUCCAUCCUCGUUUGCAAACAGUUCCUCCACCAAUGAAUCCCCCGUGGACGAAGCUAGGGAAGUCUGCUGGCAUUCAUGUUAUCAGCUUGGUCGUCAGUCCGAAUACAAAGAUGCGCAGAGAAAGAUGCGACUCCUCGGACACGCUCUCCAGCUGUGCCCGUCUGAGAACACAUUGGACAUUCUAACUGUAUGGCGCAGGUUAGAAGAUGAUACAAUGGGAAAAUUCCAAGAGGAUCGAGAGAAGGAUGGUAGAGGUUCUCGAGGUGUGAAUGGCCUAGAUCGGGGUAGUCGUUCCGGCGCCUUGGCUACUGGUUCCCUGCGUGCCCAAUUGUCAGAAUACGCGGCGUCUGCAGCACGGCCCCGAUUGCUUGAUCAAGGGGCUGAUGCUGCUGCUAUUGCUGCAAAGACGUUUAAUCGUGUAGCUGCUAAUUUCCCACUGUCACUGCGCGGUAUGAGGAACAGGAAUUCCGAGGACGAUGGUACGCCAAGGUCAGGAAGUCCAGAUGUAGGGAGCCAAGCGAGACAGGCAAUCUCACGGGGAUGGGUUGGUUGA